UCUACGCUAUCAAAUAAGGAUAGGGCGGAAACAGGUCCCGAUGGUACUCUCGGUGAACAACCUCCUCGGGAUUCUCAACCUGGAAAAGAAACUGAACCUUUUCCUUCCCCUGCUGCACCUGAACCUGCUGCUGGGAGUCCUGCUGUACCUGUAAUUGAAGAGGGAACUGGAAACGGUGAACAAAGCACAACAGAUGAAAGUGUAACUAAAGUGGAAGAUGCAGCAGCACAACCUUCUCUUUCUCCCACCAAUUCAACCCAAGAGAAUACCGGUGAUAAUAAUGCAAACACUGAAAAUGGCACUUCAUCUGCAGAGAGUGAAUCAACAAAUACCC